AUCAACUUCACUAGUUGGUCGACUUUCGACAUCAAUUCUUCAUCUGCAUCAAAAUACUGGAAAGAAAUUCGAGGGCAGAUAGUUAGAUUAUAUGUUGAUAAACAUCUGGGACAAUUUUGAUUAAAAUUCACCUCUGGCAAGCCGCAUUUUCCUUUGUUGGGGUAGUCAGAUAAACCGGCMGCGUAGUUCACCGACAUCUUGGUUUGUUUCUCUUAGUGAAGGUUGAGAGGGCACUGGGAAUAGGUACACUUGAUUUAUCAACACCUACCGGAUAAGGGUCCAUGUUUUCAAGAUGGCGGACGACACAGCGAUAUCUCUUAUAGACGAAAAUACUCGAAUAAAAGUUAGUUCAGUUUUAAAUCGAGAUGUAAAAGAAUACGGYAAGCAGUUCAUGUUUGAUGGUCAGGAAGAAACAUGCUGGAACUCUGAUCAGGGARCUCCACAGUAUGUUAUGUUUGAUUUYGGYRAAGAGGUCCAGCYCCGAGAAAUCCAAGUGAAAUUUCAGGGGGGGUUUGUUGGAAGUGAAUGCCWUGUAGAGGGGGGUGACUCAGCAAARAAUUUAGAAUCUUUAUUUACAUUUUACCCAGAUGAUAUAAACUCUUUGCAAAUAUUUCCAGCUGAUUGCAGUAGGAAGUCAUCUAAAAUUCUUAAAAUUACUUUUGUUAAAAGUACAGAUUUCUUUGGUAGAAUUACAAUAUAUAAACUAGAUUUGAAAUAAUAAUAAUAGACUGUAAAUAAUAAAUUUAUUCUCUAGCAUUUUGUAAAUAAAAUCUUUUGAUGAAUA